AUGGAGUUCUUUGCUACAGAUGUGCGACGAGAUGCCGCAAAGCUUCGCCGCGCGUACUUGCAGCUGGCCCUCCGUUACCACCCCGACAAGGUCAAUGCGAGCCGCUCGCCACAAGCAGCAGACGGUGAAGGUUCUCUGGAGGACAGGGAAGCGACGGAGGUGUUCCAAGCAAUCCAGGCUGCCUACGAGGAGCUUUCUGCAAGCCUAGAUGGGCGUCGAGGCCCUGGCGGUCCUGGGCCGCGGGUGCGCAGCGCCUUCGCAGCGGCCUGCGAGCUGGGGGACCUUGCGGAAGUGCGGCGCCUCCUCCGUCUCAGACCGGCAUUGGCAGAGCAGACGGACGAGCUCGGCGUGUCGCCCCUGAUGUUUGCGGCCUCCGGAGGUUCAGCGGCGGCUUGCGAGGUACUGCUGGAGGCGAAGGCUUCAUUGGAGAUGAGAAAUCCGCUUGGGUGGACAGCUCUCACUUGGGCUGCGCUCCGAGCUCGCAAGGAGGCCUCGGCCUUCCUGCUGCAGAAGGGCGCAGAGGUGCAAGACAACGACUUGAUUGUGCUGGCUUUCACCGGCAACUCUGAAACUUUCUCGGUUCUGCUGCAGGCCUGUGGUGACGAGAAAGUGUUGGCAGUGCGCGACGAGAAAGAGAAGGGGUUAUUGCACUUCGCUCUCACAGGCUUUGCCUACCUGAAGCGGCCUGCGGAAUCCCACGAAGAUUGUGUUGACCUGGCCAUCCAAGCUAGAUGCGAUCCGGCCGGUGAAGAUCGCAGGGCCCGCCAAUGUCGGGAAGGUGGAAUGGAGGAAGCAGUGCCCGUGCUUUGCCACUUCGUGCAGUGCAUGUCAGAAGAUUGGGCAACGUCUGAUCUGGACCAGUCUGCCACACACCUUGCCAUGGUCGCCAAGCUGCUCCGACUCCGUGCUGAUCCUUAUGCUGUGGGGCCUGCAGGAAGUGCCGUCGACGUUGCGGUCAAGCAGGGCUUGCGACACACUCACGAGGCGCUUCUGGGCAGCGCCGGCUUUGCACCGCAGAGGCCUGACAGGAAGCGGCUGGCAGCCAUGCCUGCGCCUGUCGACUUGGCAAAGAUUGCAGCUGAGCCGCAGAGCGAGUGUGUUGGUGCUGCAGUGUCUAGCAUUGCGCCUCCUUCUCGCCUGACAGCUAGGUCGCAGACCUUCACAAUCUUCCGCAUUUUCUGCAGGUCUUCGAAGGGGCGUCCUUUGGGGGAGCGACUGGAGCGUGGAAAGGCGACCAUGGCGGGCGGAUAUUGCUGCAUCGAUUUUGACACUUUGCAGGCCAAGGAGAAGGAGAAGGGCAUCAGGUACAAGAGUUUCUCGGAGCAAGUGGUGAAGUCCGUCGAACAGGAAGCUCUCAAGAAGAAGCAUGCGUCGGAGCAGGAGCGGAGUCGCCUUCAUUGGGAGAAAGAGGAGCAGAGGGCCAAGGUCCGGUACACCAUGAACUUACCUCAGUGCGAGGGUGGUCUGUACUGGCAGCCAAACAUCCACUACAUCCCGGCCUCCAUCAAGUUCGGGGACAACGGAGAGGUGAUUGUGACGGGAGGGCCACCAGAAAAUGCCAAGGCAAAUGGAGGUAUCUUUGCAAGCUUUGUCUCUUGA